CCUGGGCCCGCGCCCGCAGAGCAUGGGGCCCUGCGUGUCCCCGCGUGGACCGUGCUCUUCCAGGGCGAGAGGGCCGGCCUGACGUACCGCGUGCCCUCACUGCUGCCCGUGCCCUCCGGGCCCACCCUGCUGGCCUUCGCGGAGCAGCGGCUGAGCCCCGACGACGCCCACGCCCACCGCCUGAUGCAGAGGACCGGCAUGCUGGCUGGGGGCUCCGUGCGGUGCGGCACCACGGGCGUGCUGGGGACAGCGGUCCUGGACGAGCACCGCUCCAGGGACCCCUGCCCGGUGCACGUCGCGCGCACGGCCAGCUUACUCUUCAUCGCCGUGCGCGGCCGCACCCGCGAGGCCGCGCAGAUCGCUGCGGGCGAGAACGCCGCGCACCUCUGCGGCGUGACCUGCAGCUGGGGCCUGACCACCAACUGCCCUCGGGGCCACUCCGACCCUGGCAUGUGGAAGCUGACCCAGGGGUCACCUAGGCCCUGGCAGGGUGGUGGUGCUGGCCCCCGUCUUCCCCGUCCCCCAGGGUGGUGGUGCUGCCAUCGGGGGUACCAGCAGCCCCUCCUCCCUGCAGACUGGGCCACGUUUGCCGUCGGCUCCAGCCAUGGCAUCCGGCUGUGCUCGGGCCGCCUGCUGGUGCCGGCCUACAUGUACCGCGUGGACCGGCGAGAGUGCUUUGGUGAGAUCUGCGGGACUGGCCCCCACUCCUUCCGCACCUGGCACCACGGGGGCCUCGUGCCCAACCUGCGCUCGGGCGAGGGCCAGUUGGCGGUGGGGGACAGGGGGCAGGCUGGUGGCAUCCUCUACUGCAGUGCCUGGAGCCCUCUGGGCAGCCACAUGCAGGUGCUCAGUGUAGACGAGGGCGCCUCCUUCCUGCCUGGGGAGCUGGUGCUCGCCCUGGCUGGGGCCGCCGGGGGCUGCCAGGGCAGCAUUGUGGGCUUUCCGGCCCCGCCCUCCAGCAGGCCGGAGAAUGAAGGGUGCACCAUGGGUACCAGGAACACCCUCCACCCUCCACACCUCUGCCCUGGGCCCCAGGAACCCCCAGAGGAAGAGGGUGCUGGAGAUACCCGAGGGGGCGGGGGGCUGGGUGGGACGGAGGGAUGUGGGGAUGGCUCCGGUGAGCCCGGCCCAGGGCCUGGGCUUGGGGGGAACAGGGGGACCUGGACCCCCGAGCUCCCGGUCCCCUCGGCCUUGUCUCAGAGCCCCACAUGGCUGCUGUAUUCCCACCCGGUGGGGCGCAGGGCACAGCUGCACAUGGGCAUCUGCCUGAGCCGGUCGCCCCUGGACCCCCACAGCUGCCCGGAGCCCUGGGCGAUCCACGAGGGCCCCAGUGGCUACUCUGACCUGGCGUCCAUCAGGCCCACCCCCGAGAGAGCCCUGACCUUCGCCUGUCUGUACGCGAGUGGGACCGGGGUCUCCUAUGAGGAGAUCGCCUUCUGCAUGUUCUCCCUGCAGGAGGUCCUGGGGAACAUUGGGGCGGGCACUGGGCAUCCCAGCCUUGGGGACAAGCCUCUGGGGCGCUGCUGGCCCUCCUGAUGGGCCUCUGGCCAGGCCUGGCCCCGGGUGCCCAGGAGGAGCGGGGAGGGGAGCAGGGGCGGAGGAUGCUGGGAGGUGGCGGGGUGGGGGCGUCUGUGACCCCAGGCCUGUACGGGGCUCCAUCCUGGAGAGGCGCCUUUGCUCCUUGGCUUCUCCAAGGAGGUUCGUGAGGGUGAGUGUUUGUGUGGGACCUCAUUGAAUUUCACAGAAGCUCAGUUGUAACAGUCUCCAAGCAGGGCUGGUCUUUAGGAAGGAGGUGUACAGCCGGAAGGGAGGGUGGCCUGGAUGGCCCAGGGUGGACGGGCGGCUGGCCCUGCAUGGCCCACCCUGCCCCCUCCCAAGGCUGACAGCAGGGGCUGGGGCGUGUGGCAGUGGGAGCGUGGCACCGGGAUCCUUUGCUUAGCCCGCGGUGCUUGGUCGCCUGUACCAUUUUCCUCUUUCCUCUUGCUCUGCUGGCUUUUUUCUGGCUUAUGAACAAGAAAUAAAGGGAUCCUGCUGUCUCUCCUCAGUUCUUUCCACGUCGAAGCCUGGGGAGGGUCCCCAGUGCUCUAGCCACGUCACUGUGGGGUCUGCCCCCCUUAGCUAGACUCUCCAGUGCUGGGGGCUGCCAGCCACGGGGCAGGGGGACAGGCAAAGCCUUCUCUGCGCGGCAGCCCCAGAUGUGCCUGGUCUGCACUGCCGGCCGGCGGGGCUGGUGGGGAGCGUGGUGGCUGCCCCUCCCUGGAUGGGUCACCUCCCAGGACCGGCCCUCUGUGCCCUCGUGGAAGCACCUUCUUAUUUCCUCUUCUUUGUAACAUCUU